CGUGCCCGCCGCCCGCCGCCACGGGGCACGCAGCAGGCGGGCGCCCAGUCUCGCGAGAAGCGGCGCUGCCGCCGCCAUGGAGCAGCCGCUGAGCGACCCGCCGGGGCUGGCCGCUGUCCUGGCGAAGACGGACUGGUCAGAGCCCUGGCUGGUGGGGCUGGCGGUUUUCCACGUCCUCUGCUUCCUCCUGACGUACGCAUCUUUCCAGCACUACCGGGUGCAAGUGGGGCACUUCCUCUGCAUGGUGGGCUUAGUGUACUGCGCUGAAUAUAUAAAUGAAUUAGCAGCCAUGAAUUGGAGGCUGUUUUCUAAAUACCAGUACUUUGAUUCAAGAGGGAUGUUUAUUUCACUUGUAUUUUCAGCACCACUGCUGGUGAAUACUAUUAUAAUUGUGGUUACCUGGGUUUACAGAACUUUGAAUGUAAUGACUGAACUGAAGAUGCUACAGCAGAGAAUAAAAGCAGAGAAAGAGAAAAAGAACUGAAAGAGCCUUAUGCUAUUUUUUUUUUUUUAUUUCUAAUAAUACUUGUCCAGGUAACCAGUUCUUCUGUAUAUUUAUACAGAAACAGCAAUGAUUUUGUAUCUGAUGUCAAGAGGACUUGCAACCUGUUGUCAUGGACAACUAGGUGAAAGCAAGUAUCUAGAAUACAUGUGAAUUGGCUGUGAAGUUGAGAAACCCAGUCUUAACAGGUCUUUGUGCCCUUCUGCAUAAGAUAGUUUUCCACUGUGGCCGGGGCUGCUGUUGUUGGUGAGACACAAUCUUCCAGUUCGUUUCCUUUUGCCUAUGUAUUUUUUAACUAUGUCUUAACUGUGUGUUUAUCAAGUAUCCAGUCUUCUGCUGCUGAAGUCAACUGGAGCAGUGUCAUGAAUUCCAGUAAAUGAGGGAUUGUAUUCAGAAUGCCUUAGGAAUCCAUGCUUCUGUGAAGCAUUUCACUUCUUUAUAAAUCGAGUUUCAUACUUCCUAUGUGUGUUGGGUUCCAAUAACAAUUUUAUAAAUAAAAUUAUCCACUGUAUCUUAAA